AUGGCAGCGCACCAUGCGAAACCCAUUUCUCCAAUAUCCCAGGUUUUGCAGUCCUUGGGCUUGACUAGAAAUGACUUGAUCAAGCAUAGCGACCAGAUGCGCCAGUUUCUUACCGCAGAAGAUGCGAAGUCUUUGCGCGCCUUUACUACGACAUCUGAAACAUCAGAUAGCCAAUACGCAAAGGCUGAUUUAUUUUCCUCGUCAUCUAGAACACGCUCGCGCUCAUGUUCCAACUCGCUCAUCAACGCGUCGGCCCUAUCGACGACACCGCCUCCUCCUUCCACUCCAGUCAAGGCCGAGCCAACAGAACCCGCCAUACCACUCCGUCACAUGGAUAGCAUGGAAAUGGUUAUCGAAAGAAAAAGCCGCCAGAUUAAGCGAGAAAAGCGAGGCAGAAAAGAAAAAGAGAGAAAUGCACCUUCGCCUUCUCCCGGAAGCGCCGGUGUCAGUCUUGAUGCGUUCAUGAAAUCACGCGACGUUCGACGCGUUCCCUCUGUAGAAUCUUCAGACCCUUCACGCAGUGUUACCCCUCAGGAUACGUUACCCCUGCCUCCCAUCACCCCGCAACCCCGAAAAUACUAUAGAGAUUAUGACGAAGUUGAACCGCCUUCCUCACGUUCACGUUCACGACAGGGCACAUUCACCCCACGACCUGAUUCGCCCACCCCAACGCGUCAACGCACGCGCACUGUCACAGUUCAGGCUACCAAAAGUCCUAAUCCCAUAACUCCGCGUCGAAAUAACUAUUACAAGUCACCCCUUCCGUCUUCUUCUCCGCCUCAGUCGUCACCUUAUGCAACUCCAUCUACCAAGCGUAUUGUCAAUAUUGUAUCUUCACCGGGGCCCAUGGGCCCUCUUCCGGACGAGGAAGAAUACGAUACCCUUCCUUAUACUCUCCCUCCAGGCCCGUAUUCAUCUGUUAAGCCUGAUCUUUCAUACGCCGCGCUGGUCGGACAGGCGAUUCUGUCCUCGCCAGAGCACCGCCUGACACUUCAGGAAAUCUAUGACUGGAUCACCAUAGUAUAUCCUCACUUCAAGCGCAAUGAGACGACUUGGAUGAACUCUAUCCGUCAUGUCCUCAGUACUACCAUAUGCUUCCGUAAAGUCCCGCGCGACCGCUCCAUCGGGCGCACGCUCUGGGCAAUAUGGGAUUGCGACCUUGAAUGCUUUACCAAUGGUGGAUUUAGGAAAGAGUUCUGUGCAGAUAUGCAGCACGACCGAUCAAAGAAGCUUUUGUCGAAAAAGCGGCCAGCGGAGGAGCCACCUUCGGGUUCUGGACGCAAGGCCAAGAAAUCAAAGAAAGCUGCUGCUGUAGCUGCAGAAAACUCUGCAGAAGAAAGGUCGAAUCCAGGCUCUCUUCUCCCUCCUCUUGUUGCGCCAUCCCACCUAUUACCUCUCUUCCCUCCUACACGUCCUGCAGCUCACCAUCAGCCAUACUAUGACAGCUGCGUCACAAUGCCUGCUGAUGUCAUUUUCCCUCCUCUUCCACCGUCUUCUGGUUAUCAUCGCAUUGUAUCUACGUCUGCAACUCUCCAUCCGUCAUAUUUGCCUCCCUCUUCGUCUAUCAAAAGUUCCGAACCACCUCAGACAUCUCCUGUCCCUCCCUCUUCAUCUUUGCCUUCGCUCAUACCCAAUUUAAACAGCUCUUCUAGUCCUGCUUUACUCAGUGAAGACUUCGUGAGGCAGAGCGAUUCCAGGAACAGAAUGAGCCCGCGAAUAGUAUCUACGCCCCCACCAGACGCCACUCAAAAUGGAGUGCUGACAGAAGCGUCAUCUCUCGAGACUUUAGAGCCAAGUAUGAUGCUUCAACAUAUACAGAAGCCCGAUAAGGGUAAGCGGAGACAACUUGAAGUGCAGAAAACACCUCCAAAGAAGCCCAUGGGCCUUCCACCUAUGCCCAUCUCGCCGACUCUGGCACGAAAGACAAGGCCCAAAAGGCAGAAACCGAGCAAAGAACCUCCUCCACCCCCACCCCCCGAUACCUCUCUCGUACGCCCCCACACGCCCCCUCCACGCCCUUCCACCCCUCAGCGUAACCCCAGCGGUAGCAAUGUCCUCCAGCUUUCGCCUCUUCGUACACCACUGUCCCACAAGGGCCUGCACAUGAGUCCAUCACCCAGUCUCGCACAUUAUAAAUCUCAUCUCGACCCUCCGCCUGUCGUAUCGUUCCGGCAGGAUGACGGGAUCAAUCCGGCUGUGCUGGACAGCGAAAAUAUACGCACGCCGACACGUAAACGUGGCCACAACCACCACAAAGAUCGGGAUAGCUCAACGCUUUUCCCACCGCUCACACCGAGGAAACUAGUCUUUCCAGGUCCGCCAUCGAUCAGCGAGUCUCCCUUCCGGACGCCGGGCGCUCGCUCUAUAUUUGAUCCUUAUGACCCGGGCGCGAUGCUUGACGAAGAACUGUCCGCUCUUGGGGCGCGGAUGGGCGGACAGGACAGUCCAGCAGGGCUGUUCGAGGGCCGUAAAGGAUUGCUGUAUGAGAGUCCUAGCAUGCCUAGCCCAGGAAAAUGGGCGAGAUGGUUUUGA